ACUAAUAUUUUUAGGUAAAACUGCUAGGAAACAGAAUUUUCUUUCCUCAUAGUGAAGGGAAAGAGCAUAUUCUUGAUCACAGGACCCAGAGAUGGAGGCACCAUGACUUGGAUAAUUUUCAAGACCCAAAGUGUCUCAGUUUAGAUGGAGAAAAAAACUCCACUGAACUUUAAUAAUGAGGCAAAACCCAGAAAUUAAAGCAUGAUUUUAAUUAUGGUGCAUCUCAGGAGUUUCAAGCUGGAGCUGUGGAGGAGAUUCUCCAUAGGAUUUCCAUAAAUUAAAAAAAAAUAUAUAAUUUUGGAGAAGAAUUUUUUUAUAUUUCUCACACAAAAUGACACCAAGUCCCCCAGCAUGAGGAAGAGACCAACCUGUCAUCAUCUGGGCAUGACCUGGAGCAUGUUGCUCCCCUGGAAACUCUUCACAGAGGCACUGAAGGUCUGUUCUCGUGCAGGUCACAGCCUGGACAUGAAGCCGGAGGCACGUGUCACCUGCCAGGUGAUGCUGGCAGCGCUCUUCACGGCUCUGCUUGUCACAGCCAUCACUUUUGCAGUGCAGGCUUUUCAGCCUCAUCCCCAGCCCUACUUUCAGUGCCCCUUCGACUGGAUCAGAUAUAGAGGAAAAUGCUACUAUUUUUCGGAGGCUGCAGGGAACUGGACAUCCAGCCAGGACAACUGCUCAGCACUUGGUGCUUCCUUGGCCAUCCUGGACAGCAUGGAAGACUUGAGCUUUGUGAUGAGAUAUAAAGGCAUUUCAGAGCAUUGGAUUGGCCUUUUGCGGAAAGAUGAGGAGCAGCCAUGGCAAUGGGUGAACCACUCACUUUUAUCACACUUGUGAGUCUGUGUUUGUCAUCGUUACGUUGUUGGUUGGUGUUUCCCCAGCCACGAAAUGUGCAUUUCUUCUGGCACUUGAGGUGCAUCCAGAGGCAGUAAUGGGACAGUGAUGUUUGGGAAGGGCAACACUGCAUCUUGUUUCUCUCCUUGACCUAAGAUAUGGGAGUGGUGUGUUUGGUGAGAAAAUACUGAGAUUAGAUGUUUUAUUGUAAGUUCUUUUUUUUCUUGCAAAGCUUUGGAUUUCUUAUUAGAAAUAGAAAUAAAUCAGCAUCAGUGUUGGCAUAUUGAUGCUGAAUAAUUUCUACUCCUAUAUAAGAAAUAUAUAUUGAUAUUUUGGCAUGUUGAUGCCCAAAAGGAUGCCCGAGAACUGAAAUGGGGGGAAGCCUAUGUGUGACUUUUCUCCUUUUUCCUGCUGAGCCUGUCUGAGGGGGAUUUUCUCCUCUGUCCUUCCAGGUUUCAAAUCCGUGGUGGUGGGCUCUGCGCUUACCUGGAUGACAACGGACUCAGCUCCUCCUACUGCAGCACUGAGAGGAGCUGGAUUUGUAAUAAACCUGAGCUGCAGAGCUCAGGCAAGGGCAGUGGGAUGAGACGGGCUAAAAAC